AUGCGUCGCGGUCUUCUUAUCUUCCUGCUCGUCAAUCUCCUCAUCCUCUCCCUGCUCGUGCGCAGUGUCUCGACUCUCCUCUCCCUAUUAGUUGAAGAUGCCGCCGCCGAUGCCAUUCACCGCGCCGAAUUGCCCUCCCCGAACUCUAGCCUGAUCGAACAACGUCCGCAAAUAAUCCCCAAGAUCAUUCACCAGACCUACAAAAAUGAAACAAUCCCCGAGGUCUGGGUCGAGGCGCAACAGAGCUGUAUCGACCUGCACCCGGACUAUGAAUAUAUUCUCUGGACAAACGAAAAGUCGCGCGAAUUUAUUGCCGCCGAGUACCCCUGGUUUUUGGACACCUUCGAUGGCUACAACUAUCCCAUUCAGCGCGCAGACUCCAUUCGGUACUUCGUGCUCGCCCACUACGGUGGUACCUACAUCGAUUUAGAUGACGUGAGUUAUUACCCUCCACCCACUCCCAACCAUCCUAACGUUGAACAGGGCUGUAAUCGCCGCUUGGAUCCUCUUCUCGCUUACCCCGCGUGGGUGCGCCGCACAGCACCUACGGGUAUCUCCAACGACGCUAUGGGCUCCGUGCCCCAGCACCCAUUCUUCUUGCGCGUGAUCGAAUUGCUCCAACAAUACGACCGCCAUUGGCUGCUCCCGUAUAUCACCGUGAUGUACUCGACAGGCCCACUAUUCCUCUCCGUCAUCUGGAAGGAGUACAUGCGCGAUAAGCCCAGCGAGGCCGGCCGUGUUCGUAUCCUGAUGCAGGACGAAUACAACAAGCACUCAUGGAGCUUCUUCACCCACCACCGCGGUAACAGCUGGCACGGCAAGGACGCGCAUUUGAUUUUCUGGAUGGGUCAACACUGGCUCUUCCUUACAGUCUGCGGCUUCUGCAUCGCCGGAGUCGUUGGCUUCUGCCUCUGGUGGAGCUACGGUCGAAUUAUGCUCCUUGGAGCCAAGUACCGCUACCGCUACACCAAGGUCUCCUCCAGCAGUCCCCGAUUGACCUCGCCCACGCGACGGUCUCGUCUCACUGUCCCGACCAUUCUGCGUCGCGUCAGCUUCAAAGAGGACGAAGAACAAGGCGGGGUCACAGAGACCUCGUACGAACUCGGUCGUCGCGAUGACUGA